AUGAAUGGUGUUAGCAGUAUGCUUCUGCUUGGACGAAGUUCAAGAUGUCAACUCAUGACAUUUGGUAGAAAUUAUAGUUAUUGUCACAAAGAAGGAUCUUGGAAGCUUAAAUUUGUUGAGGAUACAAGGGACCCUUCCACUUUAGUUCCUCGGAUGGUUCAAGUUCAAAAAGACUUUCGACUUGCCAAUCCUUGGAUUGAAGAGGCUUCUAAUGUAAGGGCAAAAAGGAGAGUAGCUUUUCAUGAUAUCAACAAUAACUAUGUUGGAACUGAUGUAAAUAAUUGGCAUUAUGUUCGGGUUGGUAGUAGUCAUGCAAUUUCAUCUAAUCUUGUUCAAGAAGGAAAUCCAAGUGGUUUGAUUAAAAGAACUCCUGCUUCAGUUUCUUCUACAUUAGCUGAUAUUCCUAACAAAUCUGCCUUGAAACAACAGUCAAGCAACAAUGAUCAAUCUAAAUAUAAUGGUUCACUGUCAAGGGGGUCUCUAGAGGAAGUGAAGGAGAAAAUUCUAAUGCUUAAUGACACCAGCCCUUCCAAUGACCACAUUUCUGAGCAGUUAUGUUUACAUGAGAGGCUUGCUUGCAUUUAUGACAAGGUGGCUAGGAUUAAUGUGAAGCAGGAAACGCCUGUUGACCAUGGAGAAAUAAUCUGCUUCAGUAUAUAUUCUGGACCAGAAUUAGAUUUUGGCCAUGGGAAGUCUUGUAUUUGGGUAGAUGUUCUUUCUGGGGAUGGAAAGAAUAUUUUGGCUGAAUUUGCUCCUUUUUUUGAAGACCGAUCCAUUAAAAAGGUUUGGCAUAACUAUAGCUUUGAUAACCAUGUUUUAGAGAACUAUGGUUUGAAACUUUCUGGAUUUCAUGCUGACACAAUGCAUAUGGCUCGGUUAUGGGAUUCUUCAAGACGGACUGAGGGUGGGUAUUCUCUUGAAGCACUUACAGGUGAUCCAAAGUUGUGUGCUGAUGAAAUUUGGUUUGGUAAACUAUCAAUGAAAACCAUAUUUGGCAGGAGAAAGGUGAAGAAAGAUGGAUCCGAGGGCAAAAUUAUCACUAUUCCACCUGUUGAAGACCUUCAGAGAGAGGAGCGGAAAUUAUGGAUUUGCUAUUCUGCAUUAGAUUCUAUAAGCACGUUAAAGCUUUAUGAGAGCCUGAAAAGCAAACUAUCAAAGAUGGAAUGGAAUCUUGAUGGGCAUAAAGAAGGAUCAAUGUUCAACUUUUAUGAGAAGUACUGGCAGCCAUUUGGUGAGCUUCUUGUGAAUAUGGAAUCUGAAGGGAUGUUGGUUGAUCGAACAUAUCUUGCUAAGAUAGAGAAAGUAGCUAGAUUGGAGCAGCAGGUUGCUACCAAUAGGUUUCGCAGUUGGGCAUCAAAGUAUUGCCCAGAUGCCUUGUAUAUGAAUGGACCAAAACAAGUGCCUUCCAGAGGAAGGAAUUUUAAAGUUCCUAACACUGAGAAAGUGAUUGAAGGCAAGAAGGCUCCCUCUAAAUUUCGCAAUAUUAAACUGCAUAUUCUUGGCCCUAAGAUACCCAUGGAGAUGUACACUGCCACUGGUUGGCCCUCUGUUAGUGGAGAUGCUUUGAAGAUCCUCGCAGGGAAGAUUUCUGCAGAUUUUGAUUUUGUAGAAGAAGAGCAUCAGUUUCAGUCAGAUGACAGUGAGGAAAAUUUGCCAGGAACAGAGUUAUUGGAGGUACAGGAAGGAGUUGAUGAGAUAUCUGCUUAUGGAACUGCAUAUGCUGCAUUUGGAGGGGGACGAGAGGGAAAGGAGGCGUGUCAUGCCAUUGCUGCUUUAUGUGAAGUCUGCUCUAUAGACUCUCUGAUAUCCAACUUCAUUCUCCCUCUGCAGGUUAUUUGGCUGCCAUAUUUAGUGGUUAUCAAAGUUGAAUUGCUUAUUAGGGAUGUGGAUUUGAUCUUAUAUUUGGAUAACCUUUCUCAAUAUGAUUGGGAGAUGGAUGUGGACAUUGUUGCACAUACUUUUUCAAAUUUGUGCCUGUGCACAAGAUGCUUGAAACUUAGGGAUAGUAGCAUAUCAGGCAAGGAUGGGCGUAUUCAUUGUUCUUUGAAUAUCAAUACGGAAACAGGUCGCCUAUCAGCGAGGAGGCCAAAUUUGCAGAACCAACCUGCUUUAGAGAAAGAUCGAUACAAAAUCCGUCAGGCAUUUAUUGCUGCACCAGGGAAUUCUCUUAUUGUUGCCGACUAUGGACAGCUGGAACUUAGAAUCCUUGCGCAUCUUGCCAAUUGUAAGAGUAUGUUGGAUGCCUUUAAAGCUGGUGGGGACUUCCAUUCAAGGACUGCAAUGAAUAUGUAUCCACACAUUCGUGAAGCUGUUGAACAAAAGCACGUGCUUCUUGAGUGGCAUCCUCAACCUGGAGAGGAUAAGCCUCCAGUUCCUUUAUUAAAGGAUGCCUUUGCUUCUGAAAGAAGGAAAGCAAAGAUGCUCAACUUUUCCAUUGCAUAUGGGAAAACACCUGUGGGGCUUGCCCGUGAUUGGAAGGUUUCUGUGAAGGAAGCAAAAGAAACAGUUGAUCGAUGGUACAGUGACAGAAAAGAAGUGCAGGAUUGGCAGGAAAAACGUAAAAAGGAAGCACGUGAGAAAGGAUGUGUUCACACACUGCUGGGGCGGGCCCGCCGGUUCCCUUCUAUGGAUCAUGUUUCUCCUUCUCAGAAAGCUCAUAUAGAGCGAGCUGCAAUCAACACACCUGUACAGGGUAGUGCUGCCGAUGUUGCCAUGUGUGCAAUGUUACAAAUAUCGAACAAUGCACGUUUGAAAGAGCUUGGAUGGAGGCUGCUUUUACAGGUCCAUGAUGAAGUGAUCCUCGAGGGACCAACAGAAUCAGCUGAGGAGGCCAAAGCCAUAGUAGUUGAUUGCAUGUCCAAACCCUUUGAAAAUGGCAAGAAUAUUCUUAGGGUUGACCUAUCUGUUGAUGCCAAAUGUGCUCAAAACUGGUACUCUGCCAAGUGA